CGGUGUUGAAGAAUCCCGUGCAUAAGACUCAUUUGUUAGCUUCUUGAUGGGAGAGAGUAGCUGAGGCUCAUGCGUUAGAGAUUUAGCAAGCUGAAUUUCACUGAGUCUUUGCAUUUAUUUGGGUUGUUUUUACAGCUUCUCAUGCAUGAUUCUGUCGCCGAUCUAAACUCCGCCUCGUACAGGGCAGCUGUAAAAACUCAAACGAUGAUGAUGUUGCUGGCAGGGCUUGCGUUGGGAAUUGCCUUUCUAGUGCCUUUCUUCUGCUUGUUGCUGCAGUCUUCCACAUUGCAGCCGCGUCCGCUGCCUUCUACUAAAAAAUCUGCAAAUGGAGAAAAUAUCAAUGUCCUCUUGGUAGUGGCACACCCAGAUGACGAAUCCAUGUUCUUUGGACCAACUCUGCUGUCGCUUGCUAAGCUUGGAGUCUACAAUAUUCACACGAUUUGUAUGUCAACAGGUAACGCUGAUGGACUUGGUAGUGCGCGCAAGUCGGAGAUGUACACCGCGUGUUCCGUCCUCCAGAUUCCAACAGCGAAUGUCAAUGUUGUUGACCAUCCAUCCCUCCAAGAUGGAUUUUCAUGUCAAUGGGAUCAAUCACUCAUUGUGAAGCUCUUAAGGCAGGCAGUUGCAGAUCACAACAUACAGAUCAUCCUGACUUUCGAUAGCUAUGGCAUCUCUGGACAUCCUAACCACCGUGCAGUUCAUAGUGGAGUACGAGCGUUUCUGUUUGAAGAAGGAAAUACGAUAAACAGCAAGGAAGGCUCUGCGGAUGAGGUUAUUCAAGGAUGGGAGCUUGCAAGUACAAACAUGUUGCGGAAGUACUCUGGACCAUUUGAGCUUUGUGCACUGGUGCUCAAGAGGAUUUCAAUUGACGAAGAAAAGUUGCAUUAUCUUGUCAAUCCAAGUCCUAGGACAAGUAUUGUGGCCAUGAGUCAGCAUAGAAGCCAAUGGGUUUGGUAUCGAAGACUUUUUGUUUUAUUCUCUCGCUACACAUACAUUAACACGCUGAAGAAAAUGUCUGGAUGAAUAAUGCUGCUUUGUUACAUCUGUAAACGCUUACGAAAUUCUACAACAUCAAGGUAUUUAUCCACCAGUUGUAAGGUCUGGUGCUACAUGCAUUGUGAUGCUUGUCUCGGCUUUUCAUUGAUUAGAAGGUCAAUUUUACAAAGGAAAUAAUGGAAGGUCAUGAAACCGCCAAGUGAUCAAGUGGAGAAGUGCUGGCUACGAAAAAACAAUACUUGUGAGUGGCUGCUUCGUUGAUAACACCCAGUUGAAUCCACAAACUUCAUAAAGUUCACAUUUCUACAACCUUUAUUGAGCCCUUGCCUCACUUGCCCCUCUGCCGUUUUGGAGAGCAUUAGAGUAUAAUUGUAGGUCUUCCGCAAGGAGGUUUAUGACAUACAACUCUUAUCUUCACAGGAACCACAGUGAAGGAAUGAGGCUGAUCAUGUGCUAUUCAGUUGCUUUGUGUAAUGUGGCAUGAAAACACCUCCCUAGCAAGGCUGAGUGUACAGUGGAGGUUUUAUGAUAAUGGAAGGAUUUAUAGCUUAAGUAGCUGAUUUGUAAUCUCACAGAUGAUGUCUCCAAAUUUAUUUCUAAAAGCUACCUUCUUUUCUU